AUGCCUCUCUUCGCCGUCUACGCUCCCGACUACACUGACGAAGACGCUAUUAAUCGUCGCCUCGCUGUGCGCGAGACGCAUCUCGCUCGUUCGAAGGCGAACCCCGGCCGCAAGCUCGGCGGAGCCAUGGUCACGCCCAACGACGCGCUCGACAAGCCUGACCAGCCGCGCGAGAUGGUCGGUUCACUCAUGGUCUGGGAGUGCACGAACUACGCCGAGGCCCUCGAACGUCUGCACGGGGACCCAUAUUGGAUCAACAAUGUGUGGGACAAGGAGAAGACACUCAUCACCCCCUUCGUGUCCCCGGUGCCGAUGUGA